GACAGCCCCGGGCUCCCGUCGCGGCUCCCCGCCCCGCCCCGCCACACAUGGAGGCGCCGCCUGCAGGCACCGCGGCGCAGGAGGCGGAAGAUGAGCCUUUCCUGCUGGCGGAGCUGAAGCCAGGGCGACCGCAGCAGUAUGACUGGAAGGCGAGCUGUGAGACAUGGAGCGUUGCAUUUUCCCCAGACGGCACCUGGUUCGCCUGGUCUCAGGGUCACUGUAUCGUCAAGCUGAUCCCCUGGCCCUUGGAGGAAGCUGAUCUAAGCUGCAAAGCCUCUGAACGCAAGACCCGUGGCAUCAAAGCCGAUGUGAGAGGUGGAGGGGGCUCGAAGGAGAAGAUGCUGGAAUGUGGCCAGAUUGUAUGGGGUCUGGCCUUCAGCCCCUGGCCUCAGUCUGGCGCCAAGGAGCGGGACGGCCUGCCGGCUCCGGUUCGGUCCUGUCUGAUCCUUGCCACGGGACUCAAUGACGGGCAAAUUAAAGUCUGGGAGGUGCAAACAGGGCGUUUACUUUUCAAUCUCUCCGGGCACCUGGAUGUCGUGAGGGACCUGAGCUUCGCUCCCAACGGAAGCCUGAUUCUAGUCUCUGCAUCCCGGGACAAGACCCUCCGCAUCUGGGACCUGAGCAGAGAUGGUGCUAGUAAGCAGGUCCAGGUGCUGUCUGGCCACAGGCAGUGGGUGUACUGCUGCUCCAUUUCCCCUGAUUGCAGCAUGCUGUGCUCUGCGGCUGGAGAGAAAUCGGCCUUCCUGUGGAGCAUGCGCUCCUACACCCUCAUCAGGAAGCUGGAAGGGCACCAGAGCAGCGUGGUGUCAUGCGACUUCUCACCAGACUCUGCCCUGCUGGUCACAGCCUCCUACGACACCUGCGUGAUCAUGUGGGACCCCUACACAGGGGAGCAGCUGAGAACGCUUCGCCACGUUCCGCUGCCCCCAGCGUUGGACUAUGGCGGUGACAUCCAUGCCAGCUCCCUGAGAUCCGUGUGCUUCUCUCCAGAAGGCUUGUAUCUUGCUACAGUGGCAGAUGACAGACUCCUGCGGAUCUGGGAUUUGGAACUAAGAACUCCAGUGGCAUUUGCACCUAUGACCAAUGGCCUGUGCUGCGUCUACUUCCCACAUGGUGGAUUUAUUGCCACAGGGACGAGAGAUGGCCAUGUCCAGUUCUGGAGUGCCCCCAAGGUCCUCUCAUCACUUAAGCACUUGUGCCGUAAAGCUCUCCGCACCUUCCUAACAACGUACCAGAUCUUAGCACUACCCAUUCCCAAGAAAAUGAAAGAGUUCCUCACUUACAGGACUUUUUAAACCCCGUGUAGUACAUGGGGUCCAAAGAACCUUGGAGCUGGCUGGCUGGCUUCCUUCCUUCAGAGCUUUGUUCUGGAACGGAGGAGCAGCUGGGGUUAUAAAAUGGUCAUGAAGACCCACUCUGCUCUGUGGUUCUAGUACAAGGAGGAUUUCUGUUCCUCUGUUUGGGGCUGUCUCUUUGACCAUGUAGGUUAUUUUAAGAGAACCCAGCAAAAACAUGCAGUGGGCUAGCUGAUUGAGCUUUGAAUUUGUUAGAACUCAACUCUGAUGAGGAGGAGCAAGAGUUCUACUCAAGUGAUCCAUCCACGCUGAUGGCUGUGCAGGGCAUUUGGUUCAGAAGGGCCCUGCCAACAGCAACGCACAUUUCGGUUCUCUCUAGGUGCUUUCACUUCAAGUGCAAUUGCUGAACAUUGUGUGUUAAAAGCUACAGGGCUGUGAGAAGCCCUCACUGGUAUGGCAACCCAAACUCAAACCUCCACUUGGACGAAUGAGAAGCUGCGUGGCCUAGUUGAGUUACUCAAGGAGGCAGUGGCUUUCACGUUUGUUACUUUCUUUGGCCUGGUUCCAAGACGGCUGAACCUGAACAAGUCUCUACAUUGUGGGCAAA